AUGUCAGGUAAGGCUGCACAAUUGUACAAAGGUUGUGUCCUUUUGUUUGUACGUCAUGAUCAGACGCAACGUUUCCCCUCCGUGCUCCCUCUCUCCAUGAAUGCCAUUACACUUCCUCUCGAUAUCCUCCCCUCCAUCUUGGACGAGCUUGCAAAUGACGAAGACGGCGGUCUCGAAUCUCUGAAAUCUUGUUCUCUGGUCUCCCGCGCAUUGGCCCCCCUCUCCCAAUCCCGUUUCUUCAACACGGUCUCACUCAAUGAGGAGGACGAUUCCCCACAUACCCCACAACGUCUCGAACACCUUCUAUGCGCUUCACCAGCCAUUGCAAACUACAUUCGCGAAGUUCACUUUUUCAUUACGAGAAAGGACAUAUAUUCACCAACCGCACCUUCAGUGCUCGAAAUGCUCACAAAACUCACCGCAAUCACGAUCGGGUAUAUUACCGAUGGCGGUAGACCAUUGGAUUGGCAGAACCCUAGUUUUAUAAAGCUACGACAAAGCCUCGUCAACAGUUUCCACCUUCCAACACUUCGUGCAUUAACCCUGGAAAGUGGCAUAAAAAACCUUCCGGUCACCGACUUAUUAGGAUGUUCGAAUUUAAAACGCCUGGAAAUUUACGCUAUAGCAGUGGUGAACGGGACCUCGGGGGUCCAGUCACCUGUCGGCCACUUACCAAUCCAGCUUUCCUCUUUCAACAUUUGGAAGUCUCCUCGAGACACAGUGAAGACCAUUAUCGAAGCCGCCACGGAGAACGGGACCCCCGUCUUCGACGUGACACGUCUUACCACUAUUUCCUUCUGCACCGAGUCGGAAAAUUAUGAUGCAAUGAAGAAUCUCAUCAUGGGAUCACAGCAUCUCACCCAUCUGAACCUCACGAUUUUGGCUGACUAUCGAUUCGACUGUAAGGAACUCGCAAAUAUGGUGGCAUCUUCAAGACACACUCUCAAGUUCUUGCAAUUAGAGCUGAGAUCAGAAGGCCGGUUCAAGACCCCGCCAUUGCUUAACCUCUGCCCCGAACUCGAAAAAAUUGCCAACCAAGGGAACGUCAUUGAGUCCAUCACAAUCACCACAUGGAUUAGUGCCUAUAUUGGACCGGAAACGUGGAAUGACUGGGAUGAUAUAAGGAAAGCUUUACUCAGGGAGGGUUGGCCAUGCCUCAGGAGGGUCUCACUAAUGGUGCAGCUGAUCAUGAUCGCCGGAGAAGAAGAUGAGGCGCAAGCAGGGGUGAAGGAACGCUUGGAGCGGUUGCAUGAAACACAUCUUUCUGCCCUCAUAUCUCAUUCUGAAUUCUCAUUUACAUUUUCUUUCGAGGCAGUCGAUGAGGGCGAGCUAAUGGCUGCGUAG